AUGGCGUGCACUCACACUUCCCACUCUGCUUUCUUUCUUCGCCUGAUUUUCCUUUGGGUUUCUGCACUUGUGGUAUUCGCCAAUGAAAAUCAACACUCUCUCUUUAUUGUUCAAAAUACUUCACUGCAGCUAUCUCGUGGAUUUCCUGUGGGAAACUCUCCUGGUUCUAAGCCUGGUGCUACUGUUAUUGUUGAAAGAGUUCAUUUACAUGGUCGGUCGAGGUUUAAAAACUUGGGAAAAUAUGCUCACUCCGUGAAAGUGAAGUUGUUGCCCGCAAGUUCAAAUGUUCGCGUGCCAAAUAUAGAGGUUUGCUUCCAUAGGAAUGCAUCUCUUGCUAUGGGGAUGUGCCCACAAGGCCAGUGGGAGAAAGUUGCCAAGGGAUCUUGGGUCCGAUCAAUGUCUCCUUUUGACCAUAAGCUCUUAGAUAUAAGGACGGUAGGGUCAACACUGGAGAAUUUUGAGGUGUCUGCUGAAGAAGAAUUUUUUGCAUAUCGCAUUAUAUUGUUAAUAUUGGGUGUUACCCUGAUGAGCUUGGCAUCCUUUUUAAGCCAAUCUUUAGCAUUUUAUUAUAGCAGUGCAAUGGCAAUCGGAAUAAUUCUUGUGAUAUUGAUCAUUCUUUAUCAGGGAAUGAAACUUCUCCCAACUGGUCGGAAAAGUUCCUUUGCUAUAUUUUUAUAUUCAUCUGCUAUUGGCUUGGGGACUUUUCUCCUCCGUUACAUUCCUGGUUUGGUUUGUUCAAUACUUUCGGAGUUAGGAAUUGAUGAGGACAUGUAUAAUCCUCUGGCAAUAUUUUUGCUCACUUUUGUUGCCAUUGCUGGGGCCUGGUUAGGAUUUUGGGUGGUCAAAAAGCUUGUCCUGACUGAAGAGGGAUCUGUGGAUUUAAGCACUGCUUUAUUUGUUGCAUGGGCCAUAAGGAUUUUGGCCGCUAUUACGAUUCUUCAGAGUUCUAUGGAUCCUCUACUGGGAACAUCGGCAUUAAUAUGUGGCUCACUCGUUCCCUCUUUGAAAAAGAUGCUUAGGUUGAGAUUCAUCCGCCGCUUACCCAGGCGUUUAUUUAAAUCACCCAAGAAAAACCGGAGACCCCAUGUUUAUAAUUUGUCACCUUUUGAUGAUGAAGAUGAUGAGCAUUACGACAACAUAAAGGACUCUACACUUAAUCGGCCACAACGUAAAAGCUCCCCUAUAACCCCUUUCAAAUCUUCUGAACGAGGCUUCAAUAGGUCGCUACCUAGAACGCCGACAAAGGAGUUAUAUCCAUCCAUCAUACACACUACACCUGAAAGAAGAAAAUAUUCAGCUGCAGAAUGGGAUGAGUUCACAAAGAAGUCCACUGAAAAAGCCUUGGAAGAGCUCGUUCAAUCACCUGAUUUUGGUAAAUGGUUGUCCACCAAUGCAGAUAGGAUUAGUGUGACACCCAACUCCGGAACUGAUCGGCCACGCAGGUGGUUGUGGUCUUGA